CGCCUAGCCCUAUACCAAUUAGUCUAUAUAUCUUAAUUUUUCUAGUUUUUUUCUUUCAUUUUUGUUUAAUUUUUAGUUCGCAUCAAUAAUCCGAUCUAUUCCUGGCAGAUUAUGGGGUUAGGAGGUGUGGAUUCAUCAUUCUGAAAGCGAUCAAAAGUUCAAGAAUUAGGUCUCCCACCUGUGUCGAUUGCCGCCAUUUCUUAUACACAUACAGUAUCCUGUAAGAUUUUGUUAUGGUUACAAAACUCAAAACUUUUUUUUAUUGAGGGAAUUAUGCGUGUUUUGGUGGGGGUGAAUUGUGGAUUGAUAGGUUUUUUAGGUCAUUGAUUAUAUCAGAAUUGGGAUCGGGGCUGGGAUCUAUGUUUUCAAAUUGAAACGAUCAGACGUUUAGGGUUUUCGUGUAAUUUGAAACUUGUUGCAAGAGUGAUUUUUAUGGAUAAGAAGAAGGUAGUGGUUCCGCUUGUAUGCCAUGGGCAUUCUCGUCCAGUGGUGGAUGUGUUCUACAGUCCGAUCACUCCAGAUGGGAUUUUCCUUAUUAGUGCCAGCAAGGAUUCCACCCCUAUGCUUAGAAAUGGAGAGACUGGAGACUGGAUAGGAACAUUUGAAGGGCAUAAAGGUGCAGUGUGGAGUUGUUGUCUGGAUACGAAUGCUCUUCGUGCUGCAUCAGCUUCUGCUGAUUUCUCAGCGAAAUUGUGGGAUGCAUUAACUGGGGAUGAACUGCACUCAUUUGACCACAAACAUAUUGUUCGUGCGUGUGCCUUUUCAGAGGAUACACAUCUUCUUCUGACUGGAGGUUUCGAGAAGAUACUUCGCAUAUUUGAUUUAAAUCGACCCGAUGCGCCUCCAAGAGAAGUUGAAAAGUCUCCGGGUUCUGUCAGAACUGUUGCAUGGCUCCACAGUGACCAAACUAUAUUAAGUUCGUGUGGUGAUUCUGGAGGAGUAAGGCUAUGGGACGUCAGAACUGGCAAGAUUGUUCGUACGCUUGAAACAAAAUCACCGGUCACAAGUGCUGAAGUGAGUAAGGAUGGACGUUAUAUCACCACCACAGAUGGAUCUACCGUUAAGUUCUGGGAUGCAAAUCAUUUUGGAUUAGUGAAGAGUUACGAUAUGCCAUGUAACAUGGAAUCAGCAUCAUUGGAACCGAAGUUUGGUAACAAGUUCAUUGCUGGAGGAGAAGACAUGUGGGUUCGCUUAUUUGAUUUUAGUACUGGUGAAGAGAUCGGGUGCAACAAGGGUCACCAUGGUCCGGUCCAUUGUGUGAGAUUCUCUCCUGAAGGAGACUCAUAUGUGUCGGGAUCCGAAGAUGGAACGAUAAGAAUAUGGCAGACGGGCCAGAAGGAGAACGUUCCGAACGGAUCGAGCAAGGAUGAAGUUGUCUCAAAAAUGCAAGAUUUACAUGUUGGCAGCCACAGCCAAGGACAAAAAAACAGGCCAGCUUGUUAACUAGAUUCAAUCACAUAUAAAUGUUUGUUUUUUUUAAAAAAAUUUGCAAAUCAAAUGUUGUGUUGUGUGUUUGGAAUAACCGGAGGCUGUGUUUCCCACUCAUAGUUUCUAAUGCUCAAACAAAAUGCAAUGGAUGAUAAUAGUGUUCAAAGAAACCCCAGGUCUUUCUCUUUCA